GUUAAAGUGUCACCAAUUUUAUAGGAUGGAGGGAGUAUAUAAAAAAAACAUAAAUAUUUAAAUCCAUGGCAUUGGGACUUUGGAUCUCAAAUUUUGCAGCCAUAGACCUGUUGAAGAAUGUGAAAGUCCAAGCAAUCUUGGGGCCUCAGAUGGCGACACAAGCAGAUUUUGUGAUAGAUCUUGGGGAGAAAGUGAAGGUUCCCAUACUGUCUCCAGCUACAAGUCCAUCACUUUCACCUAACCAAAGUGAGUACUUCAUCAGAGUGGCAUAUAGUGCAAGUGCUCAGGUUAAAGCCAUUGCAGCCAUCGUUAAGGCAUUCGAUUGGAGAGAGGUCGUGUUUGUGUAUGAGGGAAGUGACUUCGGAAGGGGUGUUCUUCCCCAUUUGACAGAUGCCAUGAUGGAUGUUGGAGUAUCUGUAGCAUACAGAUGCGUCCUCCCACCUUCUGCUGAUGAUGAACGAAUCCUCAUGGAACUCUACAAGUUGAUGACGAUGCAAACAAGGGUGUUCGUCGUGCAUUUACAGCAAACCACUGGGUCUCGCUUUUUUCAGAAGGUGAAAGAUGAGGGAAUGAUGAGUGAGGGGUACGUGUGGAUGAUCACAGACACUUUCACGAGUCAUUUGAGAUCAAUGGACCCUUCAGAGAUUGAUGACAUCCAGGGAGUGAUAGGGGUGAAGCCCUACGUGCAGCGGGUGAAGAACUUCACUAACAAAUAUACAAGGAAGUUUUAUGAGGAGAACCCGGAGACAGAUAGAGUUGAGGGGUUGGAUGUUUUUGGGUUAUGGGCAUAUGACAGCACGACAGCAUUAGCCACGGCAAUUGAGACAGUAGAUACUUCCCAUCAAGGAUUCAAGCCAGCGGUGAGUGGUGGUGAGAAAGGGGUUGGGUUCUGGACGGAAGAGUAUGGGAUUUCCAAGAAGCUAAAGCAUAGUAGUCCUAGAGGUGUAUACACAGCCAACAAGGAGGAUCUGGGGGCAAUCAUCUGGCCAGGUGACUCGCACACUGUUCCUAAAGGAUGGGAGACUCCCACAAAUGGAAAAAAGAAGUUGCGGGUAGGAGUUCCCGUUAAAGGUGGACUUGAACAGUUCGUGAAAGUAACACAGGAUACCCAAACAAACAGAGUGACUGCCACUGGUUUUUGCAUUGAUGUUUUUGAGGAAGUAAUUAAGAACUUGCCUUUCGCUGCUCCGUUUGACUAUGUACCUUUCCCAAUCCCUGGCAACCAAAACCUUCCAGACUAUGAUGCUCUUGUCAGCCAGGUUCUUCUCGGGAGCGUUGAUGUUGUCGUUGGAGAUGUGACCAUCUUAGCAAACAGAUCCAAAAGCGUGGAAUUCACACUGCCAUUUACAGAAUCUGGAGUCAUUACAGUUGUCCCAGUAAGGAAAGAUAGGAGGAGGAGUGCCUGGAUUUUCUUAAGACCUUUGAGAACAGAGCUUUGGGUGACAACAGGGGCUUUCUUUGUCUUUAUUGGCUCUGUGAUUUGGGUACUUGAACAUCACAUAAACAAAGAGUUUCAAGGUCCUCCUCACAAGCAAUUUGGGAUGAUCUUCUGGUUCUCCUUCUCUACACUCGUCUUUGCUCACAGGGAAAAGGUGAUCAGCAAUCUAUCAAGAUUUGUCAUAAUUGUGUGGGUCUUUGUAGUGCUGGUGCUUACAUCAAGCUAUACAGCCAGCUUAACGUCCAUGUUAACAGUACAACAGCUCCAACCCACCAUCACAAACCUUACAGAUCUCAUAAAGAACCAAGAACCAGUUGGAUACCAGGAGGGAUCCUUUGUCACGGGCCUUUUGAAGUUCAUGCAUCUUGAAAGCUCAAAAUUUCGGAAUUACAGUACGUUAGAAGAAUAUGAUGAAGCCCUUACCAAAGGAAGCCAAAACGGAGGUGUUUCCGCCAUUGUUGACGAACUGCCCUACAUGAGGCUCUUCCUUGCAAAGUACUGCAGGAAGUACACCAUGGUUGGCCCAACUUACAAGACAGCAGGAUUUGGAUUUGCAUUCCCAAAAGGAUCGCCUCUGGUUCCUGAUGUGUCAAGAGCAAUCUUAAGUGUGAUGGAAAGUGAGAGUAUGGUGAGAAUUACAGAUAAGUGGUUCAGGAAUGAAACGAACUGUUCAGAGCAAGAUGUAACUCUCAUUGCAUCAGAUAGCCUAGCACUUGACAGUUUCAAGGGAAUUUUCCUGAUAGCUGGUGUAGCAGCAAUAUCUGCUCUUCUCAUCUUCUUUUUCAACUUCCUUAAUCAGAACAAAGAUAUCUUGGCAUCUGGUGAUCAUACGACCUGGCAAAAAGUUUGUGCAUUAGCAAGAGCCUUCUGCGAAGUAAAUCUGGUCUUGCCUGAAGUGACUGAAAAGUCUGGAGAAGGAAAUGAAGAGGUUUUACCUAUGGAUACAACAUAUGAUGUAAUUUCCCCAGCAUCAAGACUGCAAACCAGCAUUGCCCAAUCUCCGGAAGUCUUCAUUUGUGAUGAGGGGUUAAUAACAACAGAACCACCUAGUCCACUUCAAGACACCAUGUCAGGAACAGAAGAUGCUGCUGAAGAAAGAUAACAUAGAGUCAUAGACUACGAACAACUAUAACUUUAGGAAGUGUCGUACUAACUUAUGGUUGCACCAAAUGUUUAAUCUGAUCUGAAGAUUGAUAUCAAUUCUGCAUACAUUUCAGCUGAGAGCCUAUUUGUGCCAGUUAUCUUCUUCAAUCCAGCUAGUCGCACGGAGAACUUUAAACGGGGUGCUAUUUAAUCAAUUUUAUUAAAUGGU